AUGAUAACUCAAUCUCACACCCUGGCCCAGACGCGACGCGCCCAGGUCCGUGAAGCGCAACAGGCAUACCGAUCUCGUCAACAGUCCCAGCUUUCUUUACUGAAAGCUCGCGUAGAGCAACUGGAAGAUGCAUUUGGUCAUUUGAGUCAGACCAUGCACACAUUCGAUAACCAGGUGAUCCAGAAUGGGUCGCAGUUGACUCAGCCUGAACUUUUCCAGACGGUCCAGUUGCUGCGGGAUGAUAUAGUGUCUCAUUUCAAGCGGGCUGAUAUUCGCUUUCAAGAGUCCCAAAAUAACCAACCUUCUGUCGUUGAGAAACCCCACGCGCAGGUCGCGUCCGAGGUGCCAACGGGCAGAUUGAAAGAUCACACCUUGGAGUCCGGCUUCUGGAAAUUGUUUUUGGGCUCGUCGGCUGGCAUGAUUCCAUCGACUAAUACCCAGGCCCUGAACCAUCAAUCGAAUGACUUUAUUCCCUUUCCUGUGACACCAUCUAUUGCUGAAACACACGUCAUACAAUAUGCAACCACACCCUUCACCCAACGGCUUUAUCACGCUUGCGCUCAAAGUGGAUAUCGGAUUCUGUCAAAUCUCUCUUAUAAAGAUGAAGACAUGUGGGAGUUCGGAUUACUGCUACAAACAAUGCCACGAGCAGAGAUCCGAGAUUAUUUCGCACGUAUCGUCAACACGGAACCUUGCCAUCCUAUCAUCGAUGCUCGAUUCCCAUAUAUCAGCCUCGGUGGUGCAGGAACUCACUUUCUACAACCUUCCAGUGACGAAUUUUCAGAUAGCUUUGCCCUCUUCCAAACAACAAAUGGCGUGACUUAUGUUCCUGCAGACGAAGACUGGUUUGAUGUGCAUGAUGUCGAAAGAUACCUGUUCAACCAAGGCAUUGUCGUAGGCGAGUUUCCUUCAUCUACCCUUACGAUACCUUAUCCCUCUAGUCCAGUCGCUGGUCAUUCGAGCUUAGAGGCCUCCCAAGGCGAAUUACCCGCCAAUAUGAUGAUGGUUAUCGACGAGUAUAAAUUGAUCAACAGACUGAGCCAUCUCCCAGUCUCUCUGGGCUGUGUAGCUGGCUUUCGCCGGUCUGAUGUCGAGAGGCUUUAUGUGGAUUUUACUAUGUCCUUCAACCUGCGGAACAUCACAAUAUCCUAUUCUACUUUAUACACACACACAAAAGCCCGAUGA